UUCUACGUCAUCACCGUUUGCGUUUCCGGCGGUUGAAGCUUCUCGACCACAUUGGCAGCGUUGGCUCCGUAGGCCACAAGAGGAACAAAUAGCCCUUGACAUUUUAGUUAAACAAUUAGUGAAAAAUACUUAAAUUUAUGGUUAGACUGCUAGCUAUAAGUUCGUGACAAAUAAACUAGAUUUUUUUUUAAAACCAGUUUUUAUUUUCUUAUAUUCAGUUUAGAUCCGUAUAUUGGUAGAUGUUAAAAGAAAUAUGAAAAUUCAUGUAUUUCACAAAAAAAUAGCAAUGCAAAACAAAAAAUUGAUAAAUGGAAUUUAGUUCAACUUUGAUUCUGUCUCCAGAAAAUCAUAACAAAGUCUCUUAUCCACACAAAAUUUAAAAGUUUACAAGAUCAAAAGCGAAAACAGAAUAAUGAUGUUGUUUAAAAAGGAGAAAUUAAAAUUCCAUUAAAUACACCAACUAAAUUUUAAUUGGAAAUUAUAGCCUACUCCUCGUACUUAUAAUGUAAAUUUUAGUGAUUGACAUUUUUCUAAGAUCACAUUAAUUAUCAUUCGUCCUAUUCUCUCCCUACCCCCAAAGAAAGAAAGCAAAUGGCUGAUAGCUUGCCGGAGAUAGUGACCGGACAAACUGAUCCUCCUCCUCCUUUGCGGCUGAGGACUAGUAGUCAACCAAAGUCGUUAUUUGUUUGUCAUGAGAAACUCACUAAAUCGCCCAUUAGUGCCUUUUGUCUCGGCUACAUGACCAGCGCGCUCUUUUUCACCGCCUUCUUCUCUAUCAUCAUGUUCUUCCCCACCAGAGUUCUUCACUGCAACGUCACUUUCUUCGUGGAAUCUAUCUCCGUUUCUCCCUCUUCCUCCGCCGCCACGUGGCACGUCGAUUUUCUCGUGAGCCACCCAAGCUCGAGGUGCCUUGUCUACUACGACGCGGAUGGCGUGUACGCCAAACUAGGAGGGGUUUCAAACGCCGCCGUUCUGGAGACAUCGAACACGCGUCGUUCACGUGGCAACACGAGUUUCUCGGUCGAUUUAGCUACGGAGGGUAAUCAAACUGACACUCCUAGGAUUUUGGAUUUGGAGUUGAAACUUAGUGCGACGAAGAAACAGCUUUUCGUGGAAGGAGAUGAUUAUGGACAUUUAUAUAUCACGUGUCAGAAUCUCGUUCUCGGUUAUGAGAAGAUUAAAUGCCAUUCGUCUUUCAAAAAGUUGUUGAAGCUUAAGGAACUUAACUCACCUUUCUGAGUAUCUCUAUUUUGCUCAAGUUAUUGAAAUAUUAUGAGGCAUUAAGCAGUGUUUAUCUUUUAAGUUUUUUUUUUAUAAAAUUUUUUUUUCUAUUAUUUUAUAGUAAUUGAUCUUUAGCAAAACAGGUUAGAGAUUUGUGCUUCAUUUAAUGAAAAGAAAACGAAACUAACAAAAAAAUAAACGAUUGAGAUGUUCAAUGAUGAGGAAGAAACGAAAUUUGCACAAAGGUCAGUAACAUUAAAUCUAGAGAUGGAGAGUAUCAUUUAGUUGAGAUAUUGC